AUUACGUCAUUACGUACGGCGACGUGAUGACGUAAUACGUUCAAAAUCGAACGGCUCUUUUGAACGGCUUUAUGAAACCAGCGGCUCCCUAAGGUCCGGAUCCCUUCAAAGAGACAUUUAUCCAUCUCUAACCCAAAGUGACUGAAUGUAAAAGAAACAUUAUGUUGAGAGGAKUUGACCCGGAGCAGGAAAGUGUCCCCGCCCCCCAGUGAUGUCAAACCUAGUAGGCGGGGUCAGAUCCUGAAGAAGUGGCUGAAUGCAGAGACCAGCUUUAAACCUGAACUCUUUUCACAUUCAAACAUUCAGUUAUACUUUCUGUCAGGUUAGAAACACGUAAUGAAGUAAAGCAACACRUUUAAAUAUGUUUUCACUGGCUGCAGCUGGUUUUUAGAUUUUCUAUAAAAGAGUUACAGUGUAAAAGAGAAAAUGAAAGACAUUUAGUGUCUGUUGGRCACAUGAGACAAGCAGUGGCAGCUCAGACACGUCUCAACGCUUCUGAAAAGAGUUUAAAAGAUUUAAACUCACAAAGUUCAGGAUUAGUUUGUUUUUUUACUGACAAAGUUCAGAGUUCAGCUGAAAAAUCUACAGUUUAACUUUAACAAACAGGAAGUUGUGUUGUUGGUCUGGAAUGAAGCCGGACCGGUCGAGUCUCCACCCCAACCCGGACUUCAGGUUCCAGAAAGACUCGUUUGGCUCCUGGGUUCCUGUCAGUCUGUCAGGUGGAACUCUGCCACACGCAGGACUUUAACUCUUCUGGAACAAAACCCUGGUCUGGGUUCCCCUYGGCGUCGCUCUGAGCCAGGAUGGCCCACAGACCUGAGGAGGACCUGCGGUGUCCCGUCUGCAUGGAGGUCUUCAGAGAUCCGGUCAUCCUGCCCUGCAGCCACAGCUUCUGUAAGGUCUGCCUGCACAGCUGGUGGGCGGAGAAGGACGUCCCAGAGUGUCCUCUCUGUAAGGACGUGUCCAACCAGAAGGACGUCCUCUGCAACCUGGCCUUGAAGAACCUGUGUGAGAUGUUCUCGUCGGGCCUGGGGAGGGCCUGGCCCAGGGGGGACGCCUGCCGCCUGCACGGAGAGAAGCUGCAGCUGUUCUGCCUGGAGGACCAGGAGCCGGUCUGCGUGGUCUGCAGGGACUCAGAGAUCCACCAGCAGCACCGCCUCAGACCCAGUUCUGAAGCUGCUCAGCAGCUCAGGCAGCAGCUGCAGGACACGCUGAGGACCUUACAGGACAACAUGAAGCUGCUGGACCAGGUCAAGGUCAGGGCUCACCAGACAGCUGACUUCAUCAAGGUCCAGACCCGCCUGACCGGGAUCCAGAUCAGAGAGGAGUUCAGGAAGCUGCACGUGUUCCUGGAGGAGCAGGAGAAGCUGAGGCUGGCAGCUCUGCUGGAGGAGGAGCAGAGGAAGAGUCAGCUGAUGAAGACCAGCRUGGACCUGCUGAGGGGACACAUGCUGGACCUGCUGGACCUCAUCAAAACCACAGAAGAAGAGCUGAGAGCUCCGGAUCUGUCAGUCCUGAUGAUGUACCGGACCAUAGUGGACCGGGUGCAGAGCCGCCCCCCACUGGACAACCUGGACCUGCUCCCUGGAGCUCUGAUCGAUCAGGCCAAACAUCUGGGCAACCUGGGCUUCAACAUCUGGGCUGCCAUGAAGGACCAGGUCUCCUUCAGUCCUGUGAUUCUGGACCCGAACACGAUGAGCCCAGAACUGAUCCUGUCCAAGGACCUGACCUCCACCAGGUGUGGUGGGAAACGGCAGCUUCCUGAAAACCCGGAGAGGAUGGACGGGUCCUGCUCCGUCCUGGGCUCAGAGGGCUUCAGCUGUGGGACCCACAGCUGGGAGGUCUGCGUGGAGGACCAGACCCGCUGGGAGCUGGGUGUCCUGCAGGACUCCCACCAGAGGAAAGGAGACCUGCAGUCUGGACUCUGGAGGAUCCAGCUGUGCGACGAGAAACACCGAGCCAUCGCCCCUCCUGGGACUUCRGUUCUGCUCCCGGUGCAGACCCUGCAGAAGAUCCGAGUGGACCUGGACCUGGACCAGGACAGCGUGUCCUUCUUUGAUGCUGAAACCAAUGAGCACGUCCACACCUUCACACACACCUUCACUGGCAGAGUGUUCCCCUACAUCUGGACCGGUUCUGAACGACCCGUCAGGAUUUUACCGCUAAACAUCAAAGUGUUCACAUUCUGACGUGUGUGUGUGUGUGUGUGUGUGUGUGUGUGUGUGUGUGUGUGUGUGUGUGUGUGUGUGUGUGUG